GUUUGUUCUAUUUAUACCACAGGAGGGAUGUACAUUUCAAAAUACAGUUAUAAAGGGGAGUUACUAACACUUAAUUCAGAAGAAUAUUUGUUUACAGAAACAGCUGAGAAGCAGAAAAAAGGAGGAAAAAAAAUCUGUUUUGUGGACCCUUCUGCUGGAGUUCAGAAAUUUCAACAGCGUGAUCUUUUGACGUAAACUGAUAUUUCAAGAGAGAUUCCUGCCAUUAUGAAUGAAGUAGCAAUAGUGAAGGAAGGGUGGCUUCACAAACGAGGAGAAUACAUAAAGACAUGGAGGCCACGGUAUUUUCUUUUAAAGAACGACGGCACGUUCAUCGGCUACAAGGAGCGACCACAGGAUGUUGACCAACGGGAAUCGCCUUUAAAUAACUUCUCGGUAGCUCAGUGCCAGCUGAUGAAGACAGAGCGACCUAAACCAAACACAUUUAUCAUUAGAUGCCUCCAGUGGACCACAGUAAUUGAAAGAACGUUUCAUGUGGAGACUCCAGAGGAGCGGGAAGAAUGGACAAAAGCCAUCCAAACUGUGGCAGACAGCCUCAAGAAGCAAGAAGAAGAGAUGAUGGAUUUUAGAUCUGGCUCUCCCAGUGAUAAUUCAGGUGCUGAGGAAAUGGAAGUUUCUAUGACAAAACCAAAACACAAAGUGACCAUGAAUGAAUUUGAAUACCUGAAGCUACUGGGAAAAGGCACUUUUGGAAAGGUCAUUUUAGUUAAAGAAAAAGCAACGGGACGAUAUUAUGCUAUGAAAAUUUUGAAGAAAGAAGUUAUUGUUGCAAAGGAUGAAGUAGCUCACACGCUCACAGAAAACCGUGUUUUGCAGAACUCACGGCACCCAUUCUUAACAGCUUUAAAGUAUUCCUUUCAGACACAUGAUCGCUUGUGUUUUGUUAUGGAGUAUGCUAACGGAGGAGAGUUGUUUUUCCAUCUGUCAAGAGAACGUGUCUUUUCUGAAGACCGGGCUCGGUUUUAUGGAGCUGAGAUUGUUUCAGCACUGGAUUAUCUGCAUUCAGAGAAGAACGUCGUUUACAGAGAUUUGAAGUUGGAAAAUCUCAUGCUGGAUAAAGAUGGACACAUAAAAAUAACAGACUUUGGACUAUGUAAAGAAGGCAUAAAGGAUGGAGCAACGAUGAAGACUUUCUGUGGCACUCCAGAGUAUCUUGCACCAGAGGUGCUGGAAGAUAACGACUACGGUCGUGCCGUGGACUGGUGGGGUCUAGGAGUUGUGAUGUAUGAAAUGAUGUGUGGUCGGCUCCCCUUCUACAACCAGGACCACGAAAAGCUCUUCGAACUCAUCCUCAUGGAGGAGAUUAGAUUUCCACGCACUUUGUCACCCGAAGCAAAAUCUCUUUUGUCAGGUUUGCUGAAGAAAGAUCCUAAGCAAAGGUUAGGUGGUGGUCCUGACGAUGCGAAGGAGAUCAUGCAACACAAGUUCUUUGCUGGCAUUGUUUGGCAAGACGUAUACGAGAAAAAGCUUGUACCUCCGUUUAAGCCACAAGUUACAUCUGAAACAGACACAAGAUACUUCGAUGAAGAAUUUACAGCACAGAUGAUUACAAUCACUCCUCCUGACCAAGAUGACAGUAUGGAUUGUGUAGAUAACGAGAGAAGACCUCAUUUUCCUCAGUUCUCCUAUUCAGCCAGUGGAACCGCUUAAUGUUUGCAAUGUUUUCCCAUUCAGAAACAAAACAGACUGCAUUUUGGGGACCUUACUUCAAUGGACACUAGAGAACUUUCUAUAUUAUCUGAAUUACAAACUGUGUUUGUAUUACAAUUUAGAAGAAUUUGUAGGAAGCCUCACAGAUUCUGUAUUUAAAACAAUUCUUGGAUGCAUUUUUGAGAAGGAAACAAAUCCAUUCUUAAAGUAUUAAGUCAAGGCUUUUAUGCUGAAUGACCAUAGGUUUUUAAGAACAUACACCAAAACUGUUUACCUUAGAAAUAAUUAAGGUAUUCAACAUAUCAGCAACUCUGACCAGAAAAUUCCCUUAUUUUAUUUAUUUCAUACAGUUCAUUAAAUAUAGAAUCUGCACUCUGAACAAUUAGAUUUAUAUAGGAAGAUAUAAGACUUUAGUAGCUAGUGCAAUAAUAUAAGCAACAAAGUGAACAAAACUCUGGAGGUUUAAGGUUCAAACUCAUUUUGGACAGCAGUGAAGUAUCAUCCUACUCCAGAAAACCAACUAUAGGAACAGCAUUAAUUUGCCUCAGUGAGGUAAAUCAAAAAGCAAAAGUUAUUUUUGUUAUAACAUCUGCUGCAAGACAUUACAUAUCAAAAUGAAUUCAGUGGAAUCUAGUCCAUUGCUACAUUGUACAGAUGAGUAUUCCACUCAAGGCAGUGCAUUUAAUUACUCCAUUUGCGUAGAGUUUGGGAAUACUUAAUAGGAUUGGCUUCUCAGAAUACAGCAAACAUCAACUUACCAACCUAAUCUGAAAUGCAACCGUGCAAAAUCACCCACUUUCACCAGUGUAUAAAAAUACCAUACAGGGCUAAGUAAGAAGUGUCUUAAUGAGCGAGUCAGCCAGACAAAAGGACAUUUUGGCACUGAAGUAAUGACUUGUUGCCGCUUUUUUUUUAUGAAAAGAUAUAUGAAUAUAUAUAAACACUUAAGGAAUUUUUUGCAUCAUGCCAGAUCAUUUCUUCUUUCUUGAGUGUGCGUUAAAGGUAUCAGCUGACAGUUCAUGGUGCCUUCUCACUCUUGAAGAUUCACUUUAACAGUGUUUCCCAUGUGUAGGAAAAAAGCUAGGUUGAAACUUCAUAUGUGUUUGAAUAAUAAUGGUGUUCAAAAAGUGAACUUUUUUGU